GGCAUCGCUGCACCGCAUCAGCAUCUAAGCAGCAAAAAGAUUGAAGAUUGAAGUGAGAGCGUAGUUUUUUCUAUGAGAGCCAAGUUUCAGCUUAUCUUUUGUCCACAUCAUUGAUAGGUGAUGAGCCAUUAUCCUCCGCCGGCGAUGUAGGCCUCACGGCAUCGUGUCGGGUAGCAAGCCGACGACGGAGGCGAAGAACACUAUUCAUGACUUCGGCAAGCCGGACAUAAAGACUGGUUCACGAUGGACGAAAUUGAAUCCAUUACUAGAACAUUGAUCUUGACUUGAGCCAAUAUUUAACAUAUUUCAUUAAACUUCCGACGACCAGUCACCUCAGAUAUCUACCCACCCAGUACUUAAGUACCUCCUUAAACAAAAUGCAGAAAAUCAAGCCCGUUGGCUGGUUCGGCCUUGGAUCAAUGGGGUUGCCCAUGGCCGUCAACCUGCAAAAGAAGCUUCAAUCUCACGGAGCCAACUUGACAUUCUCGAACCGCACUGUGUCAAAGGGAGCCGCACUGGUGGAAGCUGGAGCUGUCGCAAAGAAUAAUAUCGUAGAGGUGGCACAAAUAUGCGAUGAUAUUUUUACCAUGGUCUCGGCGGAUGCGGUUCUUCAGUCAUUAGUUGAGGAACUCCUCGCAAGCGGUAUCGAUCUCAGCGGCAAGACAUUCAUCGACUGCUCCACAAUACACCCCAACACGGCGGGAUCCGUAUCAGAGACCUUGCAAAAAGCCGGCGCCACCUUUAUCGCUGCUCCGGUCUUUGGCGCCAACCCAGUGGCCCAGGCCGGAAGACUCAUCUUCGCCAUGGCCGGCCCCACUGCCACCAUUGAGCGUCUCGAGCCCCUGGUAGUUGAUGUUAUGGGAAGAAAAGUCAUCAACAUGGGCGAAGACGUCAAGAAGGCCCCCAUGUUGAAGGUUACAGGGAACGUGCUUCUCGUCGUAUUCCUCGAGGCCAUUGCCGAGACUCAAGUACUGGCCGAACAGAACGGUAUCGGAAGUAACGUAAUGGAAGACCUUAUCUUUGAAAACUUCGGCCCGGUCUUGGGGAGCUACUCGCGCAGACUUACCAGCGGUUCAUGGGCUCCCAAGGAGGGCACGGCUGGAUUCAUGGUGUCGAACACCAUCAAGGACGCGAAACAUGCGCUGAGGGUCGCCAACGACCUCGGAGUGAGGAUGCCGGCGCUGGAUAUUGCGACGAACAACAUGCUCAGCGCCAGAGCGUACGGAGGCGAGAACCUGGAUGGCGCAGCAUUGUAUGGAACCCUUAGAGCUCAAUCUGGUCUUCCGUUCUGGUCUGAGAACAGUCGUCAAGAGUAAGGAACUGGUUUGGAACGAGCGCUUAGAUGUUGAUUUUAUAGAUAAUAGACAGGAGCAGAUCCUUUAGGCAUAAGAUGCUACGGAUGCGGCGGAGGGAACGGGAUACGCAUGGAUAGAUUAUGACAAUAUACAAACAGCAGCC